CUCUCCGCAACACUAGCUCAAAGCAUCUCAGCUCUCUUCCCGAGAUUGUUUGAGCGAUCCACAAUCAGCUGAAAACAGCCAACUCUGUUUGAGGCACUUUUCAGCAGAGACUACAGCAGACUAGCAGUCGCUUGGUAACCGGUGACUGAUCUCCGUGAUGACGCGGGCUCUGUGCGUGCUGUGUGUGGCGGCCGUGUUGGCGUUUCAGGGCGUGCAGGCGGCCCCGGUGGGGGAGCAGGAAGCCUCGGAGGAGGAGGUGAACGUGCUGAUGUUUGGCGUGCUGCAGUUCAGCGACUCCCUGCGCUACACCUACCAACUGACCGAGGCCCGGCUGGCCCGCCUGACCAGAGCCAUCCGCAGCACAGAGGGCCUUUUGAGGCAACUGGACCGCCAGACACUGGAGGCCAAGCAGGCCGAGGUCCAGAUCAAAGAGGGGAUCCACCUUCUCCAGGCACAGACAGCAGAUCUUAAAACCACAGCCCAGCAGACCAAGGGGAAGGUGGAGCAGGUGGAGCAAGAAGAGCUGGAGAUCAAGACGAAGCUGAGCGGACUAAACUCCAUUUUCAAAAAGGCCAGCCCUGACAGCGUCAAAUCACUGAAGGAGGCAGUUCAGAGGCACUCAAUGCUAUUGAAGGAUCUACUGGACAGGACCCAGGAACAGAAGGGAAUACUACAGCUUCAGAACCUACAUUUGACCAAAUUACAGAAACAGGCAAGUUUAACUUUUUCUUUUCUAUAUAUUUUAAUAUGUCCAUUACCCUGUCUGUAAUAAAUAAUCAGUAGCACCCUAUGAAGAGUCCUUUGCUUUUUUGACUGUUUGUAGUAAACAAUGUUUUCUCUGUAUUGCAGAAUGGGUCAUGAGUCCUGCCCAGAAGACAGAUCAGACACUCCACACUCCCACGUUUGAAGACUAUUCUUCAACAUAUUUACACAUCCACAAACAGAUCCAGCCAAUAUAUUAUGUUGUAUUUUAAUGUUUCUUAUAUACUGAUAUUUAAAAUAAAUAUUGAUCAAUAAUGCC